AUGUCGCUAUCACACUUUAGUGGAGGAAGCAUCCACAGGAUCAGAUUCCGAUUACUCCAGUGGAUCUCAUGGUUCCUAUCGUCUAAAGGCAACGAGUACUUUUGCGAGGUCGAUGAAGACUUUAUCCUCGACCGAUUCAACCUCACAGGAUUAAAUAACGAGGUCGCGAACUAUGCUCAGGCUCUGGAUCUUAUUACGGAUUCUCUUGACGACGAUAUCCAAGAUGAACUACGAGGCUCGCUCGACGUGCAAGCACGGCUGCUCUACGGGCUCAUUCACGCCCGGUGGAUCGUCACAGCACGAGGGCUCACCAAAAUGCUGGACAAAUACAAACGCGCCGACUUUGGACGCUGCCCGCGCGUGCUGUGCUCCUCCCAUCCCCUCCUCCCCGUUGGGCUGACCGACAUUCCAUACGAGAAAAGCGUGAAGCUGUUUUGCGGCCGAUGUGAAGACCUAUACUCGCCCAAGUCAUCGCGACAUGGCAGCAUCGACGGCGCGUACUUUGGGACAACCUUCCCGCACCUUCUGUUCCUCGUGUAUCCUACACUUAUUCCAUCAAAGGAUGGCGAUGCAGCGGGAGGUGCAGGAGGUGCAGGAGGUGUCGGUGGGACAGUAGGUGCGGAUGGGCGGAGCAGGCGUAGGUUAAGGGAGGAACCGGAUGCGGUGGCUGUCUCUGCUGCUGUGGCGACAGAAGGCGGUGGAGAAGGGAUUAGGACGGCGAAUGCUGCUAUGAAAGCGGAGCGCUACCGCCCCAGGAUAUAUGGCUUCCAGCUCAACGAGACCGCCAAACUGCAGAGGUGGCAAGAGGCGAUCCGCGACAGACAAAUUGCCCGGUUGGAGGCUUUGGAGGAUAAGGCACCAUAG